UCGUAAAAUACGAUACGGAAUACCUUGCCGCCAUGACAGCUGAUCUCUACAUGUUCAUUGACUGUACCGAGGCCUCGCUUUUGCAGUCUUGCAUUUAGCUGUGUGACUGUAAAGUGCAUGCGGGUUAAUCGCGGAGAGAAAAAAAAAAGAAAGAAAGAAAGAAAGAAACCGUCCAUCGCGCGAAGCUCUCGGCUUCGUCGAGGCGCAGUCGUCGAGAGUUAUAAUAAAUCGUGGCGAAGUCUCCUCGAGGGCAGCAGCGCAGAGAUAGAAGAGACUUGUUGUGUAAAAUCGUGUCGACUCGGCCAUUCUCUUGUGUAGAAAUACGGCGUGACAUUUCAUCGACUGUAUAAGUUAACCGACAAAAAAAAGUGUGCAAUAUCUACGUCGGCUCCCCCGGAUGGAUCAUGACAGUGAGCUCAUUCGUGAACAACCAAUGGCAGAUUUUUUCUUCGAGUUCGACACCAGCCUCGGGGCUGGUGUAGAUGAUCAAUCGGAUUGUUUCUUAGACGACGAGGAUUUAGGAGAGGACUAUGAUGCCUUGAACGAUGAAACUUUUGGAUCUGAGGCAACGGGCGGAGAUUGGGAGCAGGCCCACGAAAAACUCGCCCAGAUCACAGAGUCUAAUAGAACAAAAAAUAAGAAGGGACCUAAAAAGAGUGAACCCGAGAUCGAUGUAGCAAGUACAUUGUCUCACUUAGUUCUGGAUGAGAGGGAAGUUACCAUUCCAAAGCCUGGAGUUUGGGAUAGUCCUCAUUUUGCAUUAGCACCUCCACAAAUUCAAAAGCCAUUAGCUGCUUUAAAAAAUGCAUGCACAGUGGAAGAAUUGGAGAGAGACCUCAUUACCAACAGACCACCACCAGGUCUCACUAAGCCUAUAUCAUCCCAAUCACAAACGCAACAAGCACCUGCAUCUGGAGCUAACCUAUUUCUUGGUUCCUUAUCAUCAAUGAAUAAAUAUCCACCACAAACUAAUGGAGGAGUUGGUUCGCCAAUCAAUCAAUUUCCAUCCAUGAACAAUGCAGGACUUCAAAAUCUUGCAAUGCCACCACCUCAGUUUCACCAACAAAAUGCUCGUCACAUGCCAAAUCAACCAGGCAAUAUGAUGAGGUAUCCUCCUAUGCCACCACCUCACAUCAUGAUGAACCAAGGUAAUCAAAGACCGCCCCACAACAACUUUCCAAUGAACAAUUUUCCUCAUCCACCUCCAAACCAUAGGCCUGGACCAAUGCCAUUCAUGGGACCAGAUCGUAUGCACAUGCCACUCUAUCAUAACAACAUGAUACCUCAUCCUAUGCAACACAAUAUGCACAUGGCCAACCAGCGCAAUCAAAACAACCAUCAACCUUUCUUUAGAGACAAUAGAUUUCCACAACAAAAUCAAAAUAGGUUCUUUCCCAAUCAAAGCCAUCCAAUGCUCCAUAUGAAUCAUCAUAUGAAUAAUCAUCAUAACAUGCACAACAAUGUCAAUCAGUAUGGUGAAUAUGAUGAAUAUGCCGGGUUAAUGAAUAACAGGGAGAAACAGUGGUUGAAUAACAUACAAUUGUUGCAACUCAAUACAAAUCAGCCCUACAUUGAUGAUUAUUACUACACUGUGUUUUGUGAUAGAUUAAACAAGAAAAAUGAAAUUAAAAAACUUAAUAUGAACAACAAAAAAUCUAGCAAUGGUAAAAGCUCUAACAGCAGCAAUAACAACAAUGGUUUCAAUAGAGAUUCAAGGGACAAGGAACAAAACACAACUUUUACAAAGAAUCCAAAUACUCCAAUGCAAUUUGAAAAUUCAUUGGGUAAGUUGCAGUAUAGUAGUGUCACAGCACCAAGGAAAAUUAUCGACAUGGAUGUCGUUCCAAACAGUGACCCUCAAUCGGCGCUUUCGAUUCAGCAGAAAGAUACUAAAAAAACUCGUCAGUUACUGUUGGAAAUUGAAAGGCUAUAUAUGAUGGUUUUAAAACUCGAAGACAAAAGUAAUCCCUUGGCUAUAAUUGCUGAGCAGCAGCGUGAGCAACAGAUGAGGGAGCGAGCUCAGUUGCAAGCUCUAGAAACCGGAAAACCAGUGCCCCCACCUGAGCAUCGUGAUAUUCUGAAAGAAAAGGAAGAAUUAAUUGUACAAAUAUUAGAAUCACUUUUGCGGCUAGUGCAAGACGAUAAAUUUUCUAGUUUUUUGUGUAUUCGUAAGGGCAAAACACUCUUUUUGCGCUUCCUCGCGUGUGUAGAUGUCAAAGAGCAAGAAUUGAAACUAGUAAAAUUGUGGGGUGCUGUUAUCAAAGGCUUAGCUAUUAUCGGUAGAAGGGAUUCAAACUUACUAAUAAACCUCUAUCCUGAAUUUCACAAGUGGGUCGAUGAAAAUUGCAUAAGUUUUGCAAUGCUUAUGAACCUAGCAAAGGAGUUCAUCGAGUCAUCUAGCCAGACAGCUAGCAAGACCAAUAGCCUUGCGUUCGCUUUCACCAACAAGCUUGGCAUAUCAAUGCUGUCGCUCAUGAUAAAGCAUGCCGAGGAGCUGUCUUCUUACGAAGCGUCGAUUCCAGGCAUAUUCACCGAUCUGUGGUCCAGAUUCUUGAAGUGCAUCUCCCAGAAUAUACCUGCCUCGCCGACGGUCACGCCAUGCGAGUCCAUUGACGUCGAGCUACUUAAAACGCACUUGCGCCGACACGGAGCCGAAAAGUAUCUGGACAGUUUCGAGCUACACUUCAGUGACUCGAACGCUGCUCGAUAAAAGCCGUAUCAAAAUUUUUCUUAUAACUACUAAAACCUAAUAGUAAUGACUGCGGAGACAAUUCGAUUUUGAUUGUGCUAAAAAAAGCAUGAGUUUUCAAAGUCGAUCAUAAUUGUUUAAAGAAAGAGAUGACUUCUAAAAAGAAAAAACUAAUGAGUCCUUGACUAAGUCGUUCAAUUUUUCAUGAGAAUUGAUGAGGGAUACGUUUAACAGAAUUAACUUCAUGUAUGUUUAUAAGAAUUUAGAAUGCAUGUCGUGUAGAAUAGAUUUGAUUAAUUAAUUGCGCUAUUACUUCGUAAUAGAGAGCCACAUAAAUAUUUAUCUUAAUUAACAAAAUCAGUCGAGAAAUUAGAUGAAAAAUUCGUGAUAACUGACUGUCUUUCAUAAUUAUCUAUUUAACAAUUAUUGAGUUUUCUCAUUCUUGUUUGCAACUAUUUAUAUUUUUCUUAUCAUUUUGUUUGAUAAAGAAUAUUUAUGUUACAGUUGCCCAGUUUUUUCUCUUAAAAUGGAAGUAGCAAUUCUAGGGUUUUGCUAUGAUCUAGUUGCUAAAAACAAAAUAAUAAUGUCAAGCAAAUUAUUGAAUAAUCUUACACUUCGUUUAAAAGUCUUUUUGGGUUAAAAACAACUUAAAUGGUGAAUAGAUGAUUAUGGUAUAAAGUAUAUAACUUACUUUUAUAAAAAUUCCAAUGAAAUAAUGAAUUAUCGUCACCUUUUUUACGUAUCAAUUGAAGUGUGCUGAAAGAUGCAUUUAAUUUAAUGAAUUGUUCAUGCAGGCCUUUUUAAGUUUUUACUCAAUUAAAUGGCGCUGAUAUCGUGUGUUUAACAUACUAGUUUUCUUCAUCGAAUAAUUAUAAUUAAUAAUAUGAAUAAAUUGUGUUGUGUGAAUGAUAAAAUAUAUGAAAGGACUCAUGAAGGUAAUGAAACCUCAUGCUUAUAACGAAAAUUAUACAAGUCAAAAUCUUCAAUUUUGACCUUAAUUUUUAAAGAAGCUGCUGAAAUUCAAUGAAUGUAUUGACUCAUUAUUGACUAUUGAUUAUCUUUAGCUACUUUUGUUGUGCACUUAGCCGAGAAGUCUCAAGAAUUCAUAUGUUAAAAAACUCUUGAGGACAAAAUGUAUAAUAAUAAGUAGACGUGAUUCUUAAAACUUAAAUAUUAUGCCAAAUAUGACUUGAUUACGUUUUAAGUUUCCGCAGCUCCUUUAAUGGAUUGAAAUAAAAAAUUAUUAAAUGUAAUGUAAUUAGGCACUAUAUGUAUAUGUUAAAAAGCAAAAACAAACGUCAAAGAAUGACAAAGUGAUGUUUCUUUUUUAAUAUUAAAUACGAGUAUAUUCAUGAACCCCGCGACGCACAAGAGCAUCAAAAAUAUAAUGAAUUUGAUUGAGGGGUCACAAAUUAACAAGAAACUUAUUAAAUUUUUUCUCCGUAUAAAAUUGUGAGUGGUAGGGUUUUGAAAAGAAAAUAGAGAUAUCAAUUUAACACGAAAAAUUAAUGUAUGUAACUAUGUAAGUAUGUUUAGCUUGUAUAUAGUCUCGCUCGAAAAAAAUGAUCGGAUAUAAGAAUAUAUAUAAAAAUAUAUAAAUUUCAUAAAUAUCAGCAUUGUAACAAAAAAUACAUUGCAAGUGUGCAAAUUUAAACAAAACUUUAAUCAUUUGGUUUCGGCGUUUCACGAAGUCGCAUUCAAUGUAAUAAUAUUUUUAAUUCAAUGCUUAGAAACUUUGAAUUUAUUUUUAUCGCAAUAACUUGUACC